AUGAGCAAAAACUAUAAAGUGGCAAUAGUCGGUUGCGGUGGUAUCUCUCACAUGCACACUGGAUGGUAUUUGAAGGAACCGAGAGCAACGCUAACUGCAAUUUCCGACAUUGACCAAGCGCGCGUGAAAGCCUACGGCGAACAAUACGAGGUCGAAAAGCAGUAUACCGAUUACAUUGAAAUGCUUGAGACAGAAGAUAUUGAUAUUGUUUCGGUCUGUACACGCCCGAAACACCAUGCGCCGGUCGCGAUUGAAGUCGCAAAACGCGGUGUGAAAGGGAUUCUUUCUGAAAAACCGAUGGCAGAAAAUCUCGGACAGGCGCGGGAGAUGCUUGAGACGUGUUCACAGCACGGUGUGAAAUUAGCGAUUGACCAUCAGCUGCGGUUCAAUGCGCCUUAUGUCGUCGCAAAACAGAUGAUUGCCGACGGUGAGAUCGGUGAAAUCUUUCGGAUUCAUGGUGUCUGUGGCGGUGGCGACCUGAAGGACAAUGCGACGCAUACCGUUGAUCUUAUGCGAUUUAUAUACGGUGAUCGUCCGGUUAGUUGGGUGAUAGGUCAAAUCGAACGAAUCGGCACGCCGACCAAAUAUGAUCUGCAUUCUGAAGAUUUCGCGAUCGGUUAUUUCAAAUUUGAAGACAAUGUACGAGGUAUCAUUGAAUCCGGUAGCGACACCGCCCCGGGUUAUCACCAUAUCUACUGCUAUGGGACAGAAGGUGAAAUAGAACUGGCGGCUCCAGGUGGACCGGCGCUCCGUAUUCGUAACCAGCAAUCCGGAGGCGCGUGGGUGACAACAGAAUUACCUUCGGAAAUUAGCCCUGUACAAGACCUGAUUGCAGCCAUCGAGGAGGAUCGAGAACACCGCUCAAGUGGUCAUCAAGGAUACGCCUCUUUAGAACUCCUUAUGGCGAUCUAUGAGUCGUCCCGGAAACGGCAGCGGAUUCAUCUACCCCUUGAAGAGAUGGAAUCGCCAUUGACCUUGAUGGUUGAUGAUGGAUGGGUAUAG